UCGGCGGGCAGCGAGGAGCGCGGAGCAGGAGCCGGACGCGGCCGCCGCAGCCACCUGCGCGGCAGUCAUCAAGAUGUCAUGGCACCCCCAGUACCGGAGCUCCAAGUUCCGCCAUGUCUUUGGCAAACCAGCCAGCAAGGAGAACUGCUACGACUCCGUGCCCAUCACCCGCAGCGUCCACGACAAUCAUUUCUGUGCUGUGAACCCCCACUUCAUUGCAGUCGUGACUGAGUGUGCUGGUGGGGGGGCCUUCCUCGUCAUCCCCUUGCACCAGACGGGAAAGUUGGACCCCCACUACCCAAAGGUCUGCGGGCACAGAGGGAACGUCUUAGACGUCAAAUGGAACCCUUUCAAUGAUUUUGAGAUCGCCUCCUGUUCUGAAGAUGCCACGAUUAAAAUCUGGGACAUCCCCAAGCAGCUGCUGACAAAGAACCUCACAGCCUGCAAGAAGGAGCUGGUGGGCCACGCCCGCAGAGUGGGCCUGGUGGAGUGGCACCCCACGGCCGCCAGUAUCCUCUUCAGCUCCGGCUAUGACUACAAGGUGAUGGUCUGGAACCUGGAUACAAAGGAGGCUGUAAUCAUGAGCCCCGUGAAGACAAUUAACUGUCACCAAGACGUGAUCCUCUCCAUGUCCUUCAACACCAACGGCAGCCUGCUGGCCACUGCCUGUAAAGACCGCAAGAUUCGGGUUCUCGACCCCCGGGCAGGGGCCGUCCUCCAGGAAGCCAGCUAUAAGGGGCACCGCGCCAACAAAGUGCUAUUUCUGGGGAACUUGAAGAAGCUGCUGUCCACGGGCACAUCCCGAUGGAACAACCGGCAGAUGGCCCUGUGGGACCAGGAUGACCUCUCUGUGCCUCUCGCAGAGGAGGACCUCGAUGGCUCCUCAGGCGUGCUGUUUCCGUUCUAUGACUCGGACACCAACAUGCUCUACGUGGUGGGGAAGGGAGACGGGAACAUCCGCUACUAUGAGGUCAGCACCGACAAACCUCACCUGAACUACCUGACCGAGUACCGCUCCUAUAACCCACAGAAGGGGAUCGGUGUUAUGCCAAAGAGAGGUCUCGACGUGUCCUCCUGUGAGAUCUUCCGCUUCUACAAGCUGAUUACAACCAAAAGCCUCAUUGAGCCCAUAUCCAUGAUUGUACCCCGGCGGUCGGAAUCCUACCAAGAGGACAUCUACCCGCCCACGGCAGGUGCCCAGCCCUCUCUGACGGCCCAGGAGUGGCUCAGUGGGAUGAAUAAAGGGCCAGUCCUGAUGUCCCUUAGGCCUGGCUCCGAGCUGCUGAGCCCCCAGCCUCUGCCCCCAGAGAGACCCCUCUCCAAGCCCAGGGCCCACACCUCGCCUCGUCUCUUCAACCAGACAGAAAAGCUGGCUGCAGAAGACGGACGGAGGCCCCUCUCCCUGCUGGAGGAGAGAGCGCCACGGUGGGUGGCAGAACACAGACUGGAAGAGAAGAAAACUUGGUUCACAAAUGGCUUUGACAUCUUCGAAUGCCCCCCACCAAAGACAGAGAACGAGCUGCUGCAGAUGUUCUAUCGGCAACAAGAUGAGAUCCGAAGGCUCCGGGAGCUGGUGACCCAGCGUGAGGUCCAGGCCAAACAAUUGGAACUGGAGAUCAAAAACUUGCGGAUGGGCUCAGAGAGGCUCUGAGCAGGGUCCUCUGCCCUCCUCGCCCUCAGGGACACCACUCGGCUCACGGGGAGGUCCGGAACCAAACCACAGGUCCCCCGAGAACAGCCAGUAUUUCUGUAUUUUUUACCAGAGAUGAAACUCUUGGUCGCUGAAAGAUUCCAGUGGGACCUGGUGCCGAUUUUCUAUUUGCCUUCUUGAAACAACAGUGUCUGAAUUGACUCUUUUUAGAUGAUACCUUGCCUUCUGUUUAAUUGUUUUGAAGGGUCCACGGUAACUUCUCAAGGGGAAGAACAUUGUAGAAAGUUAGAGCUGGAAGGUCCUAGGAGGUGAACCUUCCUGUGGUUUUCAAACUGUGGUCCAAAGCAAGGGGGGAAGGCU